AGAUUUAGUUAUAAUAGAGACUAAACAAGAAAGAUGUUUACUGAAUAAGGUGGGAUCCAACAAGAGUGUAGUAUAGAAUGCAAUAAUUUAUGAAUUACUCUUUUUUGAGGGAGUUCAGCAGGACAACACUUAAUGAAGAAAGGUAAAGGUUUAACUAUCUGGUACAUUUGUGAUUCUUGAUGAUUACUUACUUAAAGAUUAAUGAAUUUGAAAUUUACCAGCCUUAGAAAUGGAAGAAAGUGAUGAACCUGAUCAGCCUAUCUCAGCAGGGAGGCAAGAAAUUAGAAAGAGAAGACGACCCAGUCAACCAAUGGUAAACAAAUCCCAGCAGACUGAAGUGACAGAGAAAAAGAAACACACGGCCAUACCACAAUCAUCUGGCCCCAAAGCUACCCUUAGUAUUGGUAAUAUUCCUGGAAGCAAAGGCAACUACUCUGCCAAAGACUAUGAGUCUCUUAGAGUGUCUUCUCAACUUCAGCAAACUUGGACAAAGAGAAAGCAUGGACAGGAAAUGACUGAUAAAUCUUUGCAGACAGACACUAGUGUAGAAGAGAAAAAAGAAGUCAAGUUAGUUGAUGAAACAAUGAUACCUGAAGAAAAGCCAGCUGGUGUUGGAGAAGCAGCUGCUGAAUUGCCAGAGAGUAUUCAGGAAGUGGAAAUUCCACCACACAGACACUCAAUUCAACUAAAAAUCGAUAGAUCUCAGCAGACCAGUUGUACUGGAGACUGGACCAUGAUGAAUAUGCCUCCAGAAGAAAAAGUGGACAAGGAACAGCAGACAUACUUUAGUGAAUCAGAAAUAGUGGUUAUUUCCAGGCCAGGUAGUUCUUUUACAAACUCAAAGGAAGGUGCUCAGAAACGUAAAUCUUCAGGAAAGAUUUUUGUUAGUGAACAUCCUGAAUUUCAACCAGCAACAUGUAGCAAUGAAGAAAUUAUGCAGAAAAGUAUCAGCAGACCUUCAUUAACUCAGGAAACCAAAAAAGGUUCUCCAGUAGUUUUAGAAGAUGAGCUUAGGCAAGAGGUUGUAGAAGAGGGUUCUGUUGAUAAAAAGAAGUCUUCAGCUGAAAUAGAGCCUCCACCAACAGCAAAAGUCCCUACGGAAGCGCAGCAUUCCCCAACUGAAGAGGCCACUGCAGAAGUAGAGCCGAGCCCUGCUGAGGAGACUCUUGUCCAAGUACAGACUCAAACUGAAGAAACUCAAACUGAAGAAACUCCUGCUGAAGUUCAGCCUCUACCAGCUGAAGAGCCUUUUUCAGAAGAACCUCCUGGUGAACUAAAGCCCCAACCAGCUGAAGAGAUUCCUUCAACAGAGCCUCCUGCAGAAGUUCAGCCUCCACCAGCUGAAGAGUCUUUUUCAGAAGAACCUCCUGAUGAACUAAAGCCCCAACCAGGUGAAGAGAUUCCUUCAACAGAGCCUCCUGCUGAAAUUCAGUCUCCGCUAGCAGAAGAGGUUCCUGUUGAAGUACAGCUUCCUCCAGUUGAGAAGGCCCUUGGCAAGGCCUCAGAUAAAGUAGAGCAUAUUACUGCUGAAGAGAUCCCUGCUAAAAUUCAGCCUCCAUCAGCUGAAGAGACCAUGGCAGAAGAGGCCUCUGAUGAUAUUCAGUUUCUAGCAGCUACUGAGGCUCCUUCAGAAGAAGUCCCUGCUGAAGUUCAGAUGCCACUAUCCAAGAAGCUUUCAGUAGAAUCCCUUGCAGAAGAACCCCCUGAUGAAGUCCAGUCUCCACUACUGGAGGAGGCCCCUGCAGAAGAGGUCCCUGCUGAGGUUCAGCCUCCACCAAUUGAGGAGGCUCCUAUAGAAGAGGUCCCUCUUGAAAUUCAGUUUCUACCAGCUGAGGAGGCUCCUACAGAAGAGACCACUCCUAAAGUUCAGUCUCCACCAGAUGACGAGGCUCCUACAGAAGAGAUCCCUCCUGAAGUUUGGUUUCCACCAGCUGAGGAGGCUCCUACAGAAGAGACCACUCCUGAAGUUCAAUUUCCGCCAGAUGAUAAGGCUCCUAUAGAAGAGACUCCUGCUGAAGUUCAGUUUCGACCAGAUGACAAGGCUCCUAUAAAAGAGACUCCUGCUGAAGUUCCACUUCCCCCAGCUGAGGAGGCUUCUACAGAAAAGACCACUCCUGAAGUUCAGAUUCCACCAGCUGAGGAGACCCCUGUUGAAGAGGCCCCCAUUUACGAACGUCCUCCACUAGCUGAUUUGCUUCCUGUGGAAGACUUUCCUAUACAAGAGAUUUCUGCUGAAAUUUCACCUCUAGUAGAGAAUGUGUCUACUGAACUUCAAUCACCCCAGGUAGAAGGCAUCCCAGUAAAAUUAGGGUCAGUUGAUUUGAUAGAUGAUACAAAAUUUCAAGAGGUUUUAAAAACGGAUUCUGUUCCAGAAGAUUUGUCUAAUACCAAAAAUGGACAGACUCCCACUCUUGAAAUAGAGGGCGUCAUUAAUAUAGAAUUAAGAAAGACCUCCUCCUGA